UGCGGUGGACUGUGCUCUUGUUUCAAGGCAGGUGGGGCUCUAGAUCAGGUGUGUGUCUGUCUAUAAAUCCACACCCAUUUUUAACCAGAAACAUCCAGAACACACUUCCAGCAAGAGCACUAUUUCAGUUCUGAAGGAUUCUUGAGAAGACAUGAUGUCACACUCAGCUCUGGUCCUCUGCCUCUUAUUCAUCACAGUUUCCUCCAACCUUGCCAUUGCUAUCAAAAAGGAAAAGAGACCUCCUCAGACACUUUCAAGAGGAUGGGGAGAUGACAUCACUUGGGUGCAGACUUAUGAGGAAGGUCUCUUUCAUACCCAAAAAAGUAACAAGCCACUGAUGGUUAUUCAUCACUUGGAGGACUGUCAAUACUGCCAAGCACUAAAAAAAGUGUUUGCCCAAAAUAAAGAAAUACAAGAAAUGGCUCAGAAUAAUUUCAUCAUGCUGAAUCUCAUGCAUGAGACCACAGAUAAGAAUUUAUCGCCUGAUGGACAAUACGUACCUAGAAUCAUGUUUGUGGAUCCUUCUUUAACGGUCAGAGCUGAUAUAACCGGAAGAUACUCGAACAGAUUAUAUACAUACGAACCUCAGGAUUUACCACUACUGAUAGAAAACAUGAAGAAAGCAUUAAAACUUAUUCAAUCCGAGUUAUAAUAUAUUACCUCUAAGAGGUCAAAAGUCAUGAAGAAAAACUUCUGGUUAAAGGACUAAAACUAAAUGGGUGGGUACAUGAAUUCUGUAUAUUAUCAUUUAGAUUCUUAAUGUGCUUGAAUAUUCUUAUGACGGUAAAAUGAUAUUUUAAUAAAAGUCAAAACCUGAGCUUGA